AUGUUAACAGAGAUUCUGGCGAGGUUACCCUUGAGAAGCAUCGCCAGAUUCAAAUCGGUGUGCAGGAGAUGGAAAUCGGUGUUGAAAUCUUUGGAUUUCCGCCGUCUCUUUGCGUCCGUGCACAGAAACUCGUCUUCAUGUUGGUCACUGGUGCGCGGAAGAAAAGAAGUCAUGAGCUUCCAUGGAUGCGAGACAUGGGGUCUUCCAAAGUCUUUAGUUUCGUAUUUCGGAGAUAUGGUAGGUCCCGGCGGCCAUUUAUGUCUUUAUGCAUCUUGUUACAGUGGAUUAGUAUUGGUUCAUGGAAACGAAGAUGUGUCCUAUGUGGUUAAAAUCCCUGCCCUUCCAUAUCGAUAUUCAUGUAUAAAGUUUGGUCUGGUGACGCGCACGGACAAGGACGGCGUUGUUCUGGGCUUCAAAGUGGCGUUUGGACUUGCAAGCGACUUCACUGCCCUCGUUACUUCACCAACCCCGCUCGUCGUCCAAUGA